AGUGUCGUGGAGUUUUAACAUUUUUGAAACGGUCACCCUGAUUAUCUAUUUAUGAGGUAGUGUUUGUUUGUUUAAAUUCUCUUUGGUUUUAGCGAUAGCAGGUUAUUUAGUGGUUUUUAGAGAUAAAUCGCGUUUAUUACGAUAUUACGAUCUAUGGGUAUGGACUUAUUACUCUUAUUAGGCACAGUUUAACAAAAUGAAAAAAUGGUUUUAUUGAUAUAUGUAACGUUGGUACUUCAAUUUGCUAUUGUUUACAAUGAAGAAAGUAAUUGUGGUUGCGGUGUCAAUGUUGAACGUCGCUCUGUAAACAUUUAUUCCAAAGAUGCCAAUGAAAAUUUUGAUCAGUGUAAUAAAUCACCUGAAAAUGGGCACAUAAAUGAAAAAGACCUCAUGAGUAUGGUGCUUAUUCCUUCAGGUGAUUAUCAAGUGGGUACAGAUGAUGUAGUUAUAGAAACUGACGGGGAAGGACCGAAGAAAACUACGAAUAUUAAAAGUUUUUACUUAGAUAAAUUUGAAGUAUCUAAUAAAGACUUCAAUAAUUUUGUCAAGUUAACUAAUUAUAAGACUGAAGCAGAGGUCUUUGGAGACAGUUUUGUAUUUACAUUGUUCCUCAAUAAUACACUUAGAGAGAAACUUCAGGAUUUCAGAGUAGUACAAGCUCCAUGGUGGUAUAAAAUAGAUGGUGCUGAUUGGCAGCAUCCUCAUGGACCAGAUUCUAACAUUUCAGAAAUUAUGGAUCAUCCAGUAGUACAUGUAUCUUGGAAAGAUGCAAAGGCAUAUUGUUUAUGGCGUGGUGCUCGCUUACCUACCGAAGCAGAGUGGGAAGCAGCUUGCAGAGGUGGAAAGCAGAACACAAAGUAUCCUUGGGGUGACAAGUUAUUUCCAGAUAAAAAGCACAUGGCUAAUAUUUGGCAAGGCACCUUUCCACAUCACAAUUCAGUAAAAGAUGGGUUUAUAGGCUCUAACCCAGUGCACUUUUUUCCUGCAAAUGGUUUUGGUCUUCAUAAUAUGGCAGGAAAUGUAUGGGAGUGGACUGAAGAUUCAUGGUCAACAGAAUCCCCAAAGGAAAAGGUAAAAAAGGGUGGUUCCUACUUAUGUCACAAGUCGUAUUGCUACAGGUAUAGGUGCUCUGCUCGAUCUCAUAAUACAGAAGAUAGUUCUGCUGGAAACCUUGGAUUCCGCUGUGCAAAAUAAUUUUUUUUCUUUUGUGAAGACUUAAUGAAAGUACUUAAAUGUGCCAAGUAAGCCUGGGACUGCAAUUAUUUGUUAUAGAGUUAAAUAAUAUUCUGGCCUAAUGUUAAACAUAAUUUAAGUAAAGGCGUCACGGAAUUGAU